GGUUGCCAAAACCCGCAUGCAGUUACAGGGCGAAUUAGCAUCACGCGGCCAGUACAAAGUGCAUUACAGGAAUGUGUUGCACGCCUUCUACACUGUGGGUGAAAAAGAGGGCUUGCUGGCGCUGCAGAAAGGCCUCGUGCCGGCCAUCUGGUACCAGUUUGUUAUGAACGGGACCCGUUUGGGAACAUACCAAAUAUGUAUCAACGCCGGCAUUACCAGCAAACCCGACGGAAGCAAGAGUUUCUGGCGCUCGGUUCUUGCAGGGGCCCUUGCAGGCUGCAUCGGAGCCAGUCUUGCCAGCCCUUUAUAUUUGGUGAAAACCCACUUGCAAGCCGAAGCUAGUCGGGAAAUCGCUGUUGGUCAUCAGCACCAUCACAGCAGCAUGUUGCAAGCAUUCCGUUCGAUUUAUGGACUGCAUGGAGUUGUUGGUCUGUGGCGCGGUGUUUCCGGUGCAGUUCCGCGGGUUAUGGCUGGAUCGUCCUCGCAGCUGGCAACAUUCUCCCUGAGCAAAGAAUGGCUGGAGAAGCAUUUCCAUUUUGGUCCGCAUGACUGGAAAUGCACUUUUUUGGCCACCUGCAUCUCCAGUUUGUCUGUGACAGUGUUCAUGACGCCUUUCGACGUGGUUUCGUUGCGCCUUUACAACCAGCCUGUGGAUGCCAGCGGACGUGGGACGUUUUAUUCCGGCUUCCUUGAUUGCGUGGCCAAAGUAUUGAGAAAAGAAGGCCCAUUGGGUUUUUAUAAAGGCUGGACAGCAGUUUUUCUUCGGUUGGCACCUCAUACCAUCUUCAGCUUACUUUUUUGGGAUGAAUUGAGAAAGUUUUAUUUUGCCACCUUUCCGACUGCGCCCGGAUAAGGCGCCGACAUGGCUUCGUUUUUCAGAAUACUUAAUAUUUUAUCCUUUGCUCUUUUAAGGUUUUAUCUGUCACAUUCGGCAAAAAACUUUGUAUAGUGAGUGGAGAUUGUGUUGAAUUUUAUUCUUUCAAGACUUGAGUAGGAUGGAUUAACGUUCAUGUUUUGCUCAUUGUGGAAAAAAUAAAAGUGUUGUGUUUUUUCUUUGGUGAGAGUUAAAGUACCUGAAUGAUAAAA